AUGCGUCUCUCCUGGAUCCUCGCGGGGGCCUCGCUUGCCCUGGCCAAGCCUAACAAGGGCGCUUUUGAGACACUGGUCACUUUCGGCGACAGCUACACCGACAACGGCCGUCUGGGCUACUACAUCAACAAUGGCGGAAAGGCGCCCCCGGCCGGCACCAUGCACCCCGAGUCGACCACCACGGCCAGCGGCGGACUGUCCUGGGCGCAGUAUGCUGCCAGACUCGGAGGCAAUGCCACGCUGAUGGACUACGCCGUGUCCGGAGCUGUCUGCAGCAACCAGAUUGUCUCCCGGUACUUCUCCUACAUCAACCGCACAUUCCCGGCCAUAUUGGACGACGAAGUGCCCAGCUUUCAGGCAGAUGUCAAGUUCAAGUCGCUCUAUCCAAGCCGUACCGCCGACAACACCGUGUACGCUGUGUGGAUCGGCACCAACGACUUGGGCUUUGACGCCUUCCUCUCGGACUCGCAGACCCCUGGCAAGACCAUCAGCGACUUUGUGGGCUGCGUCUUCUCCGUCUUUGACAGCAUCUACAAGACGGGAGGCCGUCGCUUCGUGGUGCUCAACACAGGGCCGCUGGAGCUGACCCCGCUGUACGCCCAUCCUGACAACGGUGGCACCCUUGACUCGCAGUUCUGGAAGACCAAGACCCAGUACAACAUCACCGAGUAUAGCCAGAAAAUCAGGGAGUACUCGACCAGCGUCAACACCAUGUACGAAUACGGCUUGCCCGUCAUGGUGGACCUCAAGCAGCGCUGGCCCAAGGCGACGGUCGACCUCUUCGACGUCCAUAGCCUGUUGCUGGAUAUCCACAACGAGCCGGCCAAGUUCCUUGCGGCUCCACACAACGCCACCGGGUACUAUCACCACUGCCCUCCAGCGGGCAGCCCCUGCGUGGAUCAGCCCGGGACCCUCGACGGCUACAUGUGGUACGACGAGCUGCAUCCCUCGAACAAGACCAGCUCUAUAAUCGCCCAGAACUUUCUCGACGUGGUCGCGGGCAAGUCCAAGUAUGGAACUAGAUAUCAAUGA